AUGUCUAACAUCGAUGCCGGGAUCCAAGCAAUCUUCGGUCCGCCGCCCAAGGACAUUGACCUGGACGACUCAAUUAGUCUAGCAUAUGACGUUGCAUCUUGCAUCGUGCUGGGCUUGGCCAUUGCAGCUGUGGCCUUGCGCUUUCACAUACGCGUUCGAUACAAUUCGCAGGCACGAAACCUGGGCGUUGACGAUUAUACGAUUCUUCUUGGACUUGUCUGCACGAGCGCCCUUGUUGCGACAACCAUCAUUGGUAUGAGAGCUCUUGGAUAUGUCAUAAAGGUCUUACUAAUCGUUGAUGCGGCGCAANNAGCUGGAGGUUACGGCUCAGGAAAACACGUCUGGACCAGCAAUGUUGAUCGACUAAUGACACUGGUGAAGGUCGUCUAUGCUGAGCCGUGGGUGUAUGCAGCAUCUGUCACAUCCACCAAAGUCAGCAUUCUCCUGCUAUAUCGCAGACUCUUCUACGUCACGAGCAAUCGAGAGAUCUCUGCCGACCGAACGUUCUACAUCAUGCUUUGGGUCGCCAUAUCAUUCACUGCAUCAUAUCCUAUCAUCAUGUGGACUGUCAUGGCAUGUGCUUGCCGCCCGGUUAGCUUCUACUGGAGGCAGUAUGCUGGAGCUACGGAUGGUGUGUGCAUAGACGUGCUGCAUUUCUUCCUUGCAUUUGGUGUGGUCAACAUGAUCAACGACAUUGUCGUAUUGGCAGUCCCAAUCCCACGCAUCUUGAAGUUGCGCACAAGCAAUAAAGAAAAGAUCUCGAUCUUGUGCAUCUUGUUGCUUGGCAGUUUGUACNNUGUCUGCGUCGCCAGCGGAGCCCGCAUUUACUAUCUCACCAGAUUGACCCGAGAGGUAGAUGUGACUUGGAUCUUCGGACCAGCAUUUGGAUGGUCCAGCCUCGAACCCUCGGUCGCCAUCAUCUCAGCCUGCCUACCAACAUUCGCGCCCUUGUUCCGCAGUCUCCACAAGAAGAGCACGUCCAAACUUGGCAAGAGUGGACAUGGAAGCCACUCGAGCUAUCUGCGCAGCGGGCGCAGCGGCCAUAUACCCCUCCAGGACUGCAGCCAGACUACACUUGAUGCGAGAUAUGGCCGCACCAACGUCAGGAUCGUGCACGAAAGUACUGAAGCGCGUCAACAAGAGAACGUGCGUCAGACACAUGGAAGACACUCCAGUCGUAGCGAUACCGUCUUCCUUCGCGAUACGAUCACUGUAGACACGGAUAUCGAGGUAGUCACGACAGACAAGAGCGUCGAAAGAGCUUUUGCUUGA